AUUAUGCAGGUUUAUUGCUGGAAAGGUCUUCUAUUUUCAGCUAGACAAGACUUGGAAGGGUUUUCUAGAUUUACUGAAUUUGGUAUUGAAGGAGUAGUGCCUCUGGAACUUUUGACACCUGAAGAGCGAUCUAAAUACCAAGCUAAACCAAAUGACAAGUCUAAACGUGCUAAAAAGGAAAAAACAAAGCGUGCUGCACAUCAAGUAGAAGAAAAUCAGAUUGCAACAGCUGCAAAUGAGAUAGAUGGUGAAGGAAUCAGAGCUGUGCUUGAAGCCUCAGUGACACCAACGGACACUGAUGCCACUGUUGCAACUGGUGACAUGUCCCAAGGUGGUAGUCCAAUCCCCGAUGAACAUCAGAAGCAAAUCUCUGAUACGGAUGUAGGUCAAGAGGCAGGCCAGAUGGAAGCAGAUGCUGAAGUCGAGGCUGGGAUGAUUGACGGUGGAAUGGACACGGAGGUUGAUUUAGAUCCAGUUGGCUGAGAAAUGUAAUAGAUGGUUUCUUCUUGUUUGCAUAGCAUAUGUAAGAGGAGUAUUUGAUUGAAAGGAGGUGGCAUAUUUGACAAUCCUACAAUAGGAACCAAAUUUGACAAAUGUUUUGUAACUAGGAUGUGGGUGUGUUCCUUGGUCAAUUAACUUGUACUAUGGCAUAUAUUUCAUGC